UGAUGUGUGGUGGGACUACAUUGAUUAUAUUCUUUCCUUCACGGGUCCUAUAUAUGACAUGCUUAGGGCUUGUGAUACGGACAAACCUUGCCUUCACUUAGUGUAUGAUAUGUAGGACACAAUGAUAGAGAAAGUGAAGAUGACAAUAUAUAGGCAUGAAGGGAAAAGAAUAGAUGAGGAAUCUACAUUUUACAAUGUGGUGCAUUAAAUUCUCGUGGAUCGUUGGAAUAAAAACAAUACUCCUCUCCAUUGUAUGGCACAUUCAUUGAAUCCAAAAUAUUAUAGUGAUGAGUGGCUCCAUGAGGAUCAAAAUAGAGUUCCUCCACAUAGGGAUGAAGAGGUGACACGUGAGAGGAACAAGUGUUUUAAGAGGUAUUUUGAAGAUAUCACAGAGCGAACCAAGGUGAUAACUGAGUUUGGAAAAUUUUCGGGUUAUGUUGAAGCAUUCUCGGAGUAUGAUUCUAUUCAUAAUAGGUGGCACAUGGACCCUUAUACUUGGUGGUGUGCAUAUGGUGCAUAUGCACCAUCUCUUCAAAAACUAGCUUUGAGAUUACUUGUGCAACCCGCCUCUUCAUCUUGUUGUGAGAGAAAUUGGAGUACUUACUCCUUUAUUCACUCAGUGAGAAGGAACAAAAUGGUCCCUCAAAGAGCGGAGGACUUGGUGUUCAUUCAUAGCAAUCUUCGUCUUUUAUCAAGGAGGAGCUCCCAAUACUUGCAAGGAGAGACAAAAAUGUGGGACAUUGCUGGAGAUAAUUUUGACUCACUUGAUGAUAUUAGAAUGCUUGGGAUAGCUAACCUCUCACUUGAUGAACCGGUUAUGGAGGCGGUCCUAUUUACAGAUGAAGGAGAAGAUGGAGGUGGUGGUGAAGAAGUUGUAAUAGUUUCCUCUACUUAAAUUCACAUUUUCUGAUAUUUAUGGAUUUUGUAAUAGAUGAUAGUUAUUGGUACAUUGGAUAAUUUUAUAUUUUGUGGUUUGAUUUUCAUGCACUUUGUAACAAAUGAUAGUUGGUAGCUUCAAAUGACAUGUUAUGUAUUGAUGGAAUGCAAUUUUAUGUUAUUUCAAUGUUUUUUUAAUUAUUUUUUAAUAAUUUUAUGACAUAUAAUAAAUAAAAUUAAUUAUAUAUAUUGAACGUGUCCCCAACGUGUCGUGUCCCCCAUUUU